AUGAUAGGAUCGAAGACGAGAGGUGCGCCCCUGAAAUUCCUGUCGAUUCCGCGGUUAGAGUUACAGGCUGCUGUAAUUGGAGCCCGGCUGGCCGGUGGCAUUGCUAGCUCGCACCGAAUUAAAAUCUCGCAACCGAUAUUCUGGACAGACUCCCGGGAUGUGGUAUGCUGCAUACGCUCCGACCACCGUCGCUUUAGUCAGUUCAUGGCAUUUAGGGUGAGUGAGCUGCUGGAAACUACCAGAAACGACUGGCGAUGGGUACCCACCAGAUUAAAUGUAGCUGACGACGGAACGAAGUGGCAGAGGUUGCCGGACUUACGACCCACAAGUCGCUGCUUCUGCGGGCCAGACUUUCUACGAAAACCAGAAAACGAAUGGCCAGGAGAAGGUUGUGACCCAGGGACGACUGUAGAAGAGAUGCGUUCAAGCGUUCUUCAUCACACGGUGGCAAAACCGUCAAUAGAUUUCGUAUGUUUCUGCAAAUGGAAGCGCUUACUAAGGGCGCUUGCAUACGUUGUUCGAUUUGCCGCGAACCUUCUUAAUCGAAGUAACCGAAUACCUACUAAACUAGGACCGCUCGAGAAGGACGAGCUUAAUCGUGCAGAGCAAAUCAUCUACCGAGAAGUCCAGCGACAAGUAUACCCUGGCGAAGUUCGGCUUCUAAGCAACGUACCUUCGGACAAACCAUCCUGGCAGUACAAUGUUCCAAAGACCAGUCCGCUACACGAGUUUAGCCCGGCCGCCGACGAGCACGGCGUUCUUCGAAUACGGGGAAGAAUCGAUACAUGUGAAUUGGUGGACGAGAGUGUUAAGGACCCCAUCCUGCUCCCGAAGCAACACUUUGUGACCGAUUUGAUAAUCGCCAGCUACCACGAAACGUACCGUCACCGAAACCAUCAGACAUUAUUGAACGAAUUUGGGCUCAAGUACUGUGUUCCUCGGUUGCGAUCAGAGUACAAUCGUGUACGCAGAAAUUGCCAGUACUACAAGAUACAUCGAGCGGACCCGGAGCCUCCUGCCAUGGGAAACCUGCCUCCUGCACACCUGGCGGCUUAUCAGAGACCGUUUUUAUAUUUCGGCCCCAUGUUGGUAUUAAUCGGCAAACGAGUUGAAAAACGAUGGGGUCUUACUCACCUGCCUGACGACUAG